AUGGCAGAUGAUAAUGUCGGCCAAUCUUCCGCAGAAGAGGAGAUGCCAGUGGUAUCCCUCAUUCAAGGACGGUCAAAACGAAGCACAGCAGGACGCCACAUGUCUGCCCUUCUCAAUGCCGAAGCCGAUGAUGACCUUGCUCUUCUAUUUGAGGAGGUUGAUGAUGAUAACGAGUUCUCUGUCAAUGCAGAAGAGGAAGGGGGCGAGGAAGACGAUAUGGGUUUAGACUCAUCUUCGGACGAGGAUGACCAAGGGCCCAAUGCUCGGUCUGAUGACUACGAAGGGGAAACGCAACUACAGAAGGAAGAGAAGGCAGAAAAGAAAAAAAGAAGGGCCCAGCAAGAUCUUCGAUUUAAAAUAACCAGCAAGAAGGUUAAGAUAGAUCCAACCGCUGUGUCCGCAGUACCCGCACCCCCUCGACCAAAGAAGAAGUCGGAGCGUAUCUCAUGGAUUCCUACGCUCGAGGAGGGACCGACGCGAUCAUCCUCACGUCGCCAAACUAUGCAGAACAAGGAGCUCACACACGCACGACUUAAGGAUAGUGAGGAGAAGCGAAUUCGGCUCAUAGCGACUAUGGAGGAAGCAGCGAAAAGAAAGGCGCAUUUGAAGCCCAAAGAGAUGACACAGGCCGAGCGUCUUGCCGAAGCCGAAAGGGUUGAAAGGCAGAAUAGCAAGAGUCUCAAUCGAUGGGAAGAGAUGGAAAGGAGAAAAGCAGAAGAACGAAAAGCCAAAAUCGAGGCCCUUCAAAACCGCCGUCUCGAAGGUCCUGUUAUGUCUUACUGGAGUGGCGUAGCUACCUGGGUUGAUGGUCGCUUGACACGCCUCGGUAAGGUCGACAUUACACCGAAGGUUGAAAAGGAGGAUAGUAUGCGUAAGAAAAGUAAGAAGCCGGACAAGGAGGGAAAGUCUGCGACAGAGCAAAAGCCUGCAGAUGUCUCUACUACCAGCUCUGCCACGACACAACCUGUACCCCCAGCUGUAUCUGAAAGUGCUGCAGGACCAGUCACACCUGGUGGGGAUAAUACGCCAAAAGAGGCACAAGACCCUACACCAACCGAGAAAACGGAGCCUCUUCCCGUGCAGGGGAGUGAUACGAAACUCAAGAGUACAACUGUUACUGCCACAGAUGACUCUACAGUCUUGACACCUUCACUUGUUCGAUCUCCUAAACUCGUGUCCGAUGAUACACAGACCACCGAACCAGCUGCAGAUGCAGGGUCACAAACGGAAGGAACGGAACUACCCAAGAAGACACCCGAGGACAAAGCUAUAGAAAAAGCUCCCGAAAGCGAACAAGAGUCAAAAAGUCGCGUCGAGUUGAAGCCCGAAGAAGCCCCGAAAGACCCAGUUCCAGGUCCAGAAGAUGUACAGAUGUCAGAUGAUGUCCCGACUUCGAAUCUUGAGGCACCGGGGCAGGUAAAUCAAGACCCAGAAGGCAACGACAUCGCUAUACCAAAGGAACCAGCUGCCGAAUCCGCGACUCAGCCUGCGCCUGACACAGUUACAGCCCCUCAGGUUGUGCCGCCCCCUCCCCCUCCUGCUACUGUUGCUGCUGCCCCGGAUAUCCCUGCUGUGCCUGUGCUACCCAACAAUCAAGAAGGAGAGAUGCCUGCGGCGAUGCAACAGGAACAGGUGGCUCCGGAGGUACAACUGGUUCAACCAGCUGCUGCAGGCGAGGAGGCGCCACAGUCCCAAAUUCCACAGCAUCCGUCAGUCAUUGAACACGCUGGGAGAUGUCUCACUGUGCUGGAGAAUUUCGACGAUAAGACUGCCCAGAGCCGUGAGUUCAGCAUCUAUUUCAAUGCGAAGAAGCCGCCAAGGCUUGCCAAGAUCUCUUCGUCACUCUGCGUCAUUACAUCCCUUCCGUCGCGAUAUCGGGACCCCGAAACGGCUCUUCCUUUUGCGAAUGCAUACGCAUACAAUGAAAUCCGAAAUACUGUCGCUCAGAAGUACGCCUGGAGCACUAUGCUCGGAUGCUACGUGGGCCCCGCCGGUGUUGCUGCACGGGGAGUUCCCGACCGCUUUCUAGACCCGAAGGCUCCGCCGCCGGAAAAAGCGAGUGAGAAGAAGGACAGCAAUGGUGAUGGUGAGCCUGCUGAUGAAAACAAGGAUAAAGUAGGCGAGACAACAAAAGCUUCCCAGGAUACUACCAACGCGUCUACUCCAGCCGCAGCAGCAGCUACUACACCCACGCCUACACCUGCACCUGCACCUACAGCAGCUACGGAAACUGGAGCGGGCGAUCCUAUGGAAGUUGAUAAAUCAUAA